AUGGCUGCAAGCACUUUGUCAGCGUCUUCUAUGCUGUCGGCAUACUUGUACAAGUACAAGGACGUGCGGGCCAACCGACCUCAUGAGUGGUUGCUUUUGCUGACCUCAGGUGAGAUAGCUUUCAUCCGCCAGACCCGAGGUCGACGCAUGGCACUUGGAGGCCGAGGUCGGUGGGAGGUCUUUGUCAAUGGCUCAUUGAUGAAUUUGCGCGACUUUGCUUGUGUGGGCAGGGGGGAGAAAAAUGCUGAGCGUGGUGGUGAGAUCACCUUUCAUCUUCGCUUUCGCUGUUGCCAGUUGGGAUCAGGGUUUGGCAGCUUUGCGUAUGGGCACGGCGGCUUUGAUGUCGACUGUCAUGUUGCGGCGGCUUUGUGCCGACUGCUAGCGGCGGCUCUGACCCGACUGCCAUGUUGUUGCGGUGGCAUUGUGCCGACUGCCUUGUUGCGGCGGCGUUGCGCCGACUGCGAUGUUGCGGCGGCUUCGCGCCGACUGCUAAGCAUGUCACGGCGGCCUUGCGCCGACUGCGACGGCGGCAGCAUGGUUUGGCUCACAAUGGAUCCGGGGGGCCACAUGGACGGAUUUUUGGAAGCUUGCGGCGACUUGUCUUUCAGUGCUUUGGUGGAAAAGGACGAGGAGAUUGGAUCAUCGUCGCCGCCCAAAGCCAAGAAGCGUAAGAAGGACAAGAAAGAAAAAAAGGGCAAAAAGACGUUAAAGGUGGAAAAGGAGCUGGUAGGCGACAAGGACCAGGAGUUGAUGGCGGAUAAGGCGUCCAAGUUGCCUGCUGAGGAGGACCCUGACGAGAUAUGGCCAGAGCAUCUACCUCGUCCUCCUCCUCUGGAUCCUUAUUUGCUUGGAGUUGCUGAAGAAGCGCCCAGUGACGAAGAUGAGGAGAAGCCUUCGAAGAGGGCGAUGCAGCGAGCUUUGCAAGGCUUCAGCCGUAAAAGCGGCGGCUGGAAGCAUAAGAAGCGAGGAAGUGGCAAAGGUCCACUUGGCAAGGGUCGAGGAAAAAAUUGCCGAUAUUGUGCUAAUAGCUUCCAUCAGGUGACUGUUCUUUUUUUGGAAUUCAGUGCCGGCUUUGUCAUCAUGUCAUCAUUUGCGGCAGGGAUGUUUCUCAAGACCUGGUUUGGUUUUUUUGCUUCCCCUCGUUGUCGAGCCAUGUCGGACGAUCCACGUCGUGGUGCUGACGGUCCUGGCCGCUCUCGAGCCAAUGAAAAGGGCUCGGGCCUGGAGCGACCGCCGGAGCCGAGUCGCCCGCCACGUGGCAUGGGCCUUUACAGUGCAGGCCCCAAGGCUUCCAUGGGGCAUCCUGCUUCUUCUGGUCCUGUUGCCACAGCCCCGCGCUACAGCGGCAGCCAAGGCGAUGCCGGCCGAAAGGCCUACGCUUCCAGGCUUCCACCGCCGCCCAAGCCGGCGGCGCUGAAGAGUUCGGACAGCAGUUCGGCAGAGUCUUCGAAGGAAGACAUCGAGGAGGAGCCUGAACCUGCUCUCGCGUCUGCCGCUUCCCAGGCCUUGGCGGUGCCGAAGCAAACUGGCGCCGUCCCUGUGUGGCUUCAGGCGAAGGUUGACAACCUCAGCCGCAAAGCUGCCCUCAGAACAUCGGCCAGGAUCGCGCGCGAAGCAGCCGUCAGCUUUGACUCUGAGCUCGAGAACGUCCAAGUAGCCCAACGGGAGUUAGACAGGGAGUUUGCUCCUGGCCGCAAGUUUAAAUUCUUUCCCUGGCUUCGCUUUGGCAGGCGGUUGAACGAUGAUGCCUCCGGCUUUGGCUUUGGUUGCAGCGCCUGCGCUCAAUUUGCAUGUCAAAUGUCUUCGACGACGAGUAUUUUCUCAGAAAAAAAUGUCUUGCCAACGCCUUGCCGAUCCAACAGGAUGCCUGUGAAGUGCAGUGACAACUUAGAGAACUUUGCCGCUUUCGCUGUCGGCUUGCACCGCCUGAAGUCUUACACCUUAAGGCGGCAUCAAGACAGUCAGAAGCACCAAGAAGCACUGCGCUUCAUGGAAGGAAGCAUUUCUGAAAAUGAUUUGGUGUCUGCACCCUCCUACCUUGACUUUGUGGGGAAGCUCGAAGACAUCGGGAAAGGGCAUUCUAUGAGAAACGGAGGAAGCUGCAGUGACAGAACCGUGCUCAUGCAUUGGUGCAUAUCAGAAUCUCUGCUGCGCCUUUGGCGUUGCAAGCUGAGCAAAGCUACUACUCUUUGCCUCGUUCGCGACGAGCGAAAAGGAAAGCUGCUCAUUCGUUUCAGAAGCUGUAGCAACGACAUGGACGUUUGCAGCGGCACCCUGGGCUGCGUACGAAUGAAAGGCGGGAGUGCUGAAGACAUUGUCACAGCAACUGCAAAGGCCAUGCGCAUUUUCUGCACGAGUUUUUUCAACGCACCUCGUCUUGGAAAAGGUUUGCAGCAACAGGGAGGCUUUGAUCGCAGUUUGUUCAAUCAUAUGCGAAGCAUCGUUCACAUGCUUACCACUGACAGUCACCCUGCCGAUCUCUUGGCAUCCAACAUCAUGAAAGGUAAUCGGAAGAGUGCUGAAGAACGACACAAUCGGGAUCCGUUUCUCGCAAAUGUUGUCCUGGUUGGACGCGAUGGUGCACACGCGUCUACACGCCUGGUGAAGAGACCGUGGUCUUGCAUUGCCGUUCUGCAGGAGACCUUCGAUUGCACCAUUCGGCACUCUGACUCUCCAGUACAAAAAAUCUUCAAUUCGCAGCAUUUCAGCCGAUGGUUUGAAGACUAUGUGCAUCAAGAAGGAGACGGUCCAAGAGCAGCAAGCCUCUCCGCGGCGAAACAUCGCUUUGCAAGCUUUGCGAAGCCAAUGGGACGCAUGCUGCGAAAUGUGCACAGCUUCUUUCGAGUUCUACAUAGAAUUUCUUCGACCAGGGAGGAUGCACACUGGGCACGGAAAUGGUUGCGCGAUAUUUCGCCUCAUCGUCUUUUGCUCUUGGCCCUUGGGGCAGACGCAGCCGAUUCGCUGCUGCAGCUUACACGCUUUCUAGACAAUGAGUCGUGCGACCCUGCCCUUUUGAAUCAAGAGAUCGGCCAUUUCUUGGAUGAAAUCCAUGUACAAUUCCUUCACGGCAAGGCCUGGGAGAUCAGCGGGUAUUCCAAACAUAUGGUGGAAGUUUUGGAGUCGGGAACAUUAUUUGCUUUGAGUGGGGGCCAAGGACGCCAACUACGAGUCAGUGCGGCGGUGAAAGACAAAGCGCUGCAAGACUUUCAGCCUUGGGUCCGCCUUUGCGAAGCCACGGUGCGAGCUGAAUUUCCUCACUUUGAAGUCCUCAAUGCGAUGCUUGUCUUCAACUUGAGCGACAGACCUACGACGAAACCGGCACCAAAAGAGACCUCUGCUUGCUUGCGACGAAUCGCGCUUGCUUUGGAUGUUGAUCCAGCUGGUCUUCGUUAUGAAUGGGAAUCUCUGCGGCCCAUAGCAGAAGCUCAAAAAAGACUUUCUCAGCUAGACAACAGAGAGGCUUGGAAAGCUGCCUAUGACCACACGCAGAAGAAUGCGCAUGCACGAAAGAAGUAUGCCUUGAAGCAUCUUCCAAAGGCUUUGCGAGCUUAUGCUUGUUGGACUCCUUCUUCGUCUGGAGUGGAGCAGAGCUUUUCCAAAGCUGACCGUUGCUAUCACACAGGUCGCUUCGGUCCCAAAGCCGCCGACACUGAACGUCGGAGCAUCAGCGUGCUGACAAUGAGUGGGAAGGAAAGUCAGAAAGACAUCAUCGAAGGAGCUCGCCAACUCUAUGCAGCAGCCAUUCAGAAAUCUGUGACAUCCUCGUCAUCUUCCAGACUUCCCUCCGCUGAAGAUUUGCAACUGUCUGCCAAAGGAAUGAAAGAGCUCAAGCUGCAGAAUAAACGUCGUUUGGACAGAGCAGUGGAAGCUGCCGAGAACGGCUACUUACUGACGAGUGAUGCCGGUCAGCACCCUUUUUCCGAGGAUCCACGCUUGGCUGAUGUUUUCAUUGCUUCUUCCGAAGUCGUUUCAGAGAAGAUCUACUUGCUUGCCGUUGCUUGUGGUGGCUGUGUGCUAUCGAAAGCAGUGCUGGAAGGGAGACAAGGCUUCAAACUGCAGUACCAGAAGGCUGCUUUCAACCGACUUCGAGAAUUUCACGUUGGUAUUCAUUGCUCCGCUGCAUUUCAAGCGAAGCAUACGGCUUUCAUGAAGGUCCUGUCUUGGGUUGUGCAAACCACUGGCUGGCGUAGACUCAAAGUGGAGAGGCUGGACAAGAACAGGUCCAUAUCGUUGGUUGCCGAGGAUGAUCCGGAAGCUAAAAGCCUACAAAAGAAGUCUUUCCUGACUCUGCAGAAAUCGGGGUUUGUGAAGCACUUGCCAGACACGUGUGAAGCCAAAGACAAAAGUUUUUUGGCUGCUGUCCUUUGA